GGGGUGUAGAUCAGCAUGGGAACAGCCGAGGCCAGGGCCCUUCUGCAAAGCCUCUUCCACCCUCCUGUCCCACUGGGGGUAGCCAGCCCGGAGGAGGAGGAGGAGGACUUGCCACCACCACAGGAAGCAGGACCAUUUGCGCCAGAGCUGCUGGAACAAGCCAUCAAUCUGGAGCUCCAGGGGGUUGCAGCGGCUGAGGCAGGAGAGGUGGAUGCCGCCCUGGAGAGAUUUGGCCAAGCCAUCCAGCUGCUCCCAGAGCGAGCCUCUGCCUACAACAACCGGGCACAGGCCCUCCGCCUCAAGGGGGAUCCAGCAGGAGCCAUGGAGGACCUGGACACCGCUCUGGAGCUGAGCAAGGGGGCUGGCCGGGUGGCCCGCCAGGCAUUUGUACAGCGGGGGCUCAUUCAGCGGCUACAGGGGCAUGACGAGGCUGCCCGGAAAGAUUUUGCACAAGCUGCCCGGCUGGGAAGCACCUUUGCACGCCAGCAGCUGGUGCUGAUGAACCCCUACGCAGCCCUUUGCAACCAGAUGUUGGCGGCAGCAAUGAAAAAGCUGUGUGGCCCGGGCAGCCUGAGAGAAAAGCCCUGCGAGGGGGGAGGCCACGGCUUAGGCACCGCCUUUGGCCUGCAGAGCAACCCUGGCUUGGCCAAAAGCCACCUUGACAAGGCCUCUCAAGGUGAUGCAUCCCAUGAUGCGUGA